GUUGACAUGUGUUCAGAAGGUAAACGAAUAUAAAGGACAGCGAGCUACACUCCCACUCAUUCGUCAUGAAGGUAGCUUUUGUUCUUGGAGUGUUGGCUGCAGUUGCUGUCUCCGUCCAGGGGGAGACCUGCAACUCCGCCAGAGACUGUACCGUUACCCAGUGCAGCUCUGGUGGAACUCUCACGUGUGUGGCGGGAAUAUGCACGUGUACCAGCCUGUGUAGCCCCGAACCUAACCUAGCAAGAUGUAGAAGCCAGACUGAUUGCCGUGACGCUUACAACCAGGGCCAGAUAGCCUGCACGUGCCAGCCUAUCUCUGACCUCCACUGUAUUGACGGAGAAUGUCACUGUGGCUACCCAUCCAAUAACUGAAGGUAACUGAUGAAGUCAUCGGUUGAAGCCGUUCGUGUAGAUCAACUUAACCGCUGUUCUCGCAUUUGAUUAUAUUAUUAUAAAAAAUAUUUAAAUGAGAUAUCAUACAUUAAACAUAGCAGGAAGAAACAACA